AUGCGGAAGAAGGCGGACCCGCAGAGGGCGGCAGAUACUGACUGUACAGUUGUCGCGGCGCCGAAAUGGCGGUACGUGCAGUGCAACAUCAAGGGGAUGCUGGCGAAACGGGAAGAACAGCGGGCCAACGGUUCGGCAGCGCCGACAAAGGCGAAGCAGACGGCGGGACGGACAGGCCGGGACAACAUGGAGGACGGGAUUUCGGGCGACAGUCGCAAGGCGUCGUCGAGCGACAAGAACCACAUCACGCUGCGCAGUCGGCGCGUGCGCACAUCUGGAAGUAGCGAAAGCAGUGGUCUUUUGGGCGGACGACUCUUAGCUGGCAACGAGCCGCCCGUAUCCGCGAUGUUCCCCGUGACAGCUGUCACUCAGAGCGCCGCCUCGGACGUCGAGCAGCCGCAUGGCGCCUCGCCGUGCGACAAGCGGCGGCAGUCCGCGGAGGAGGGGCUGAGCGUGUACAAGCGGCGGCGCAUGAGCUCCUUGCCGCCCGCCACACACCCGCUCGCUACCCUGCCCACCAAUGCCGUUAGGGUUAGCUCCGCUGCUCCGACCGGGGGAGAGCAGAGCGCGGGAAGCACGGUGAGCACGGCUGGUGCGGAAGCAAAGGCGGAGUGGAGUAGCGGAGACAGGGAAGCCGGCAGUAGAGAUGCGCCUUCUGCUGCUGCCUUGUGCGCGCAAGGAUCUCAGGCGCAGGCGCAGGAACAGGCGGGACCACAAGCAUGCGCAGAGGCGAGCGAUGGGAGGCAGGCAAAUGGGGAGUGGAUGGGGGCCGUUGAUCCCGCUGGUCCCGCGGUACUGGAGGUGGAGGUGGCGGGCGAAGUGGCGGUGGCGCUGCACCGCGUGCCCCCGCGCGCGCCGCCACCCGCGCGGCUGCUGCACCCGCCGGUGGCUUUUGAGAGCUCUGUUGAGCCAGCGACCCUUCGCCCUGCUGUGUGCGUGGUGGAAGCGGGAGGGGGUGCGGAGGUAGCGGCCGUGGCGGUGCUUGCGGCGAGCCCUGUGGCGGGGCAGGCAGGCAGCCCGCACGACUCGAGCCACGAGCACGCGGACGGGGACUCGCUGGGGUGCGGUUCUGACUGCGCCAUCUGCUUCCGCGCGUCAGGGGAAGGGGAUGCAGCGGCGGUGGUGCAGAGCUGUGAGGGGGACGCUGCUGGCACACGCGCUGGGGGGAAAGUGGGUGGAGACAAGGAGAGUGGGGACAAGGGGAGGGACGCCGAUGGUGGGGACAAGGAGAGCCAUGGCACGGACGGCAGCGCAAAGGAGGGGGGUGCGAAGGUCGCGGCUACCAUGCCAGGACCGAAUGGGGUCAUUCCCCGGGGGCCAGGCUCCUGUGGGCAAGCCUCCACUGCCCUGCCCGCCUUGUCCCCCCUUGCUCCCAUGUCCGACUCCCCUUCCCUUGCCCAUACCGGUUCAGGCGCACCCAAACCCGCGGGCGAGGCGGGCAGCCCGUGCGAAGCGGGCAGCCCUUGGGAAAUACCGGGGGCGGGCGGGCAGCAGAGAAGCGAGGGCAAGGCGGAAGGGGGCGAGAAGGGCGGGUUGGAGCGCGGCGUGGGAGGGGUGCAGGCGAGUCACAGGAUGGUGGCUGAGAAGGCUGAGGACGCUUGUGGGGAGGUGAUGGAUGCGUGCGAGCAGAUGGGUGGGGAGAAAGGAGACGGUGGGGCCCGAGGAGGAGACUUCACAGCGGACGAGAAGGUUGUAGUGAGGGAAAGCGGUCUGAAAGACUUGGGUAUGGACGAGGUUGAAAUGAAAGUGCCUGUAGAGAUCGAGGGUGCUGCGGUGGUGAAGGAAGAAGGAAGCGGUGAUGCUGAGGGAGAUACAGGCAAGGCGAGUGCUGGCAGCAGAGAGAAGAAGGUUGGCAGCAGAGAGAAGAAGGUUGGCAGCAGCGAGAAGAAGGUUGGCAGCAGCGGUGGUGUGAAGCGGGAAGAUGAGGUGACAGUGAAGGCAGAGCGAUCAGGGAACGAGGGUGGUGGUUUAGCAGAGGGGGAGGGCAGAGCAGUGGGAGGGGGUGGGAGUGAGGGAGGAGGGGAGGCGGCCAUGCUGGUGGAUUAUCCCGACGAGGACGACCUCGCCUGCAGCAAGCGCCGCCUCUUCCCCGAUGGCCCCCCUCUGCCUGCUCCGCCUGCUGCUGCCCCCCGCCCUCCUCUUCCUCCUCCGCCUGCUCCCACCGGGCCUGCAGUGGCAGCAGCGCGGGUGCAGGUGAAGUGCGAGGCGGGUGAGAGCGAGGGUGUGCCUGUGAAACGCGUGACUGUGACUCAUGCCGCUGCUCCUGCUGCUGCCAAGGCUGCUGCCCAUGCACGGCUGGACAAGAAGGGGGGGCAGCAGGUGCGGGAGGAGGCGGAAGGAGGUGCAGCAGCAGCAGCAGGGCAGAGUGACAAGAGCCGGCUGACGCCAAAGCGGCGGCGGCUGAUAGAGAGCUAUGUGGACCGGCUGAUGGCCGACCUGCAGCGCCCUCAGUGGAUGGAGCUGCCAUUGGCUGGAGUGGAUCCAAGGGCUCUCAUCGGCCGACUGUGCAAGGUGUACUGGCCGCUGGACGAGCGGUGGUACGCGGGGCUGGUGUAUGCAUAUGACGCGCGCACGGGCAAGCACCAGGUGCGGUACGACGAGACGGAGAGCGAGUGGCUGCGCAUGGCAGCUGAGCGCAUCAAGCUGCACCUCCCCCGCCACGACCCCCUCCUCGCUCUCUGCCCCACCCCCCCUCCCCCUCCCCCUGCUGCUGCUUCUGCUCCGCCCCCUGCUGCUGCUGCGGCUGCUACGUGUGCCACUGGCCCCCCGGUGGAGGAUUGUGGGAAGGAGGAGUGCAGCAGGGAUGGCGGCGAGCCAGGGUGUGAGAGAGAGGAGGAGCAGGGGAGGGAGGAGGAAGGGGAGGACGAACGAAGCGGGGACGAGGGGGAGGAGGAUGAGGACGAGGAGGGGGGAGUGGAGUUGGUCGGGGAGGGAGGGAAGGCGGGAAAGGGUGGCAAGGGGAGGGGGUGGCGGGGCAGGCGGGGGUGGCAGGGGCGGGGGCAGGGAGGGCGCGAGCUGGCGGAGCUGGCAGCGAGCAUGGCGCGGGACAUGGACCCUGCUCGCGCUGCUGUGCUGGCCGCCGCUGCCAUGCUCUCCGCCUCCACCCGCACUGCGCCCAGAGACCACAGGGCCGCGGACCAGGGGUCUGCGCCCAAGGCCAAGGCGGAGGGGCCAGGGGCGGGGGCGGGGGCGGGAGGGGGGGCUGUUCGGUGGGAGGGCACAGGGGCGGGCAUAGCAGGGGGGACGGGGGGGCCGCUGGAGGAGCUGAAGCUGGGGCGGUUUGGCGCCAAGGAGCUGGUGUGGGCGCGCGUCAAGGGGCACCCAGCAUGGCCGGCCAUGGUGUUGGAUCCGGCAGUGGCGGAGCGAGUGGGGCUGCGGGCGGUGAGGGAGGGCGGGGCGGGGGAGGUGCUGGUGCACUUCUUCGGCUCCUACGAGUGCAGCAUCGUUGCCGCCUCUGCCGCCUGCCCCUUCCUGCUCGGCCUCGCCAAGGGGCUGCACAACAAGAGCAAGGCCGCCUGCUUCAAAACCGCACUUCAUGAAGUCGAAAGGUUCCUACUGGUGGAGGAGCUGCCGGCGAAAAUGGCGUUCCUGCACGGAUCAGGGUCGGAGGAGGGCAGCGACGAGGGCAGUGAGGAGGAGUCGGGCAGUGAUGGGAGCAGUGGGGAGGGCAGCGAGGGGGCGAGCGAGGAGGGCAGUGAGCGGCAGAGUGGCAGCGGGGAGGGUAGCCAGAGCAGUGGCGAGGAGGGGAAAGGGGCAGCAGAGGCGGAUGAGGGGGAGGGGCAUGGGCGCAAGGGGUCGAGGGCGGCAGGCAGCGCGGGCAAGAGUGGGGCGGAGGUGGGGGGACGGGCAGCAGUGGUGGGAGGCAAGGUGGUGGAUGGGCGUGGCGUGGGGCAGGCAGGAGCAAGUUCAGGGGGGUGUGGAGAGGCAGAUGGGCAGGGGGACGGGAAGGUAGGGGAGGCGAGGAGGAGCGGGGGGCAGGCAGUGGGGUCGGAUGCGGUGAUGGGGGGUGACUCCGCCACCACGGCCACGUCCCCGCCGUCCCUGCCCCUGCACAUCGGCUCCCUCACCCUGCUCUCCCUUGGUGCGCCCCCCUCCUCCCUCACCCUGCUCUCCCUUGGGCGAGUGCUGCCGGGCGAGCCUGGCUUCCACACGGCGCAGCACAUCUACCCUGUCGGCUACAAGGCUGUCCGCCCCUUCCCCUCCGCCCAAGGUGUGUUCCGCCCCUUCCCCUCCGCCCAAGGUGUGUUCCGCCCCUUCCCCUCCGCCCAAGGUGUGUUCCGCCCCUUCCCCUCUGCCCAAGGUGUGUUCCGCCCCUUCCCCUCUGCCCAAGGUGUGUUCCGCCCCUUCCCCUCUGCCCAAGGUGUGUUCCGCCCCUUCCCCUCUGCCCAAGGUGUGUUCCGCCCCUUCCCCUCUGCCCAAGGUGUGUUCCGCCCCUUCCCCUCUGCCCAAGCGCCAGCAGCAGCGCCAUUUGUGCCCUCGGGGGAAGGGGCAUGGCGGCGCCCCCAGCUCCGCCAGACACCACAGCGCAUGCAGCAGCAGCAGCCCAAGGGGGGCAAGAAGCCACAGCAGAAGAAGCAGCCGCCUGGCGCCUCCGGGACUGCUGGAAACACCCCAGUGCCUGGUGGUCCAAUCUUUCGAGUCACUCCAGAAGGCUCUGAUCCGGUGGAGGGCCCAUCACCGGGCGAGUGCUGGCGCAUCAUCCAGAGGCGCGUGGCGGAGGCCAAGCGCCUGCUGCUGCAGCACCUGCACCCGCCCAGCACUGGCGCAGGGGGAGGGGCAGGCGGAGGGGCAGGGGCAGUUACGGGGGCAGGGACAGGGGGUGGAGGCACGGGGGGAGGGGAAGGGAGGGCGCAGAGGGGCGGGGGGCCGAUGAUGGUGCCGCUGGCGGUGCUGCUGCAGCGAGGCGAGGGCAGCGGUGGUGCGGUGCUGCGUGCUGGAGCAGAUGCAGAGGGGACCGGUGGUGGCAGGACAGGCGCGGAGGCAGAGGCGGGUGAUGGUAGCCGGGCAGGGGCGGCAGAGGCAGGGGGGGGUGAUGGGGGCAAAGCAGGUGCAAGGGCGGAGGAGCAAGAGAGAAUAGCAGCGGUAACGAGCGGUGGCCGUGGGGCGGAGGAUGGCCAGGCACAGAUUGAAGGCACACAGCGGACAGAGAGGGAUGGUGGGGGCGGGGGCAGAGAGGGCGCUGUGGGGCAGGGAGGGGCAGAGGCGGAAGCAAUGGAGGUGGAUGGGGGCGGAGGGGACGAGAGGGGGGACACAGCAGCAGGCGUCCAAGGGGCUUCGUCCCAGGGGGGGCUGCCUGCAGGGGACCCUCUCAGGUGGGCCUUCCCCCCCGCCUCUGCAGCGCGCCCCCUCGCCGCGUCCCCCUCAUCCGCGCCCCCGCUCACCCCCUCCCCCCUGCGGCCGCCGUGGCAGGCGCUGCCAGCACAGGGCACAGGGGGCGGGGCAGCGCAUGGCAGUGGCAGCCCGCGGUGUGGGGGUGAGUGUGGUGGGGUGAGUGGGGGGUGGGGCGGCAGCGGUGGCAGCUGUGGCAGCGGGGGCAGCAGGGGCAGCGGGCGGUGUGGGGCAUGGCUGCCGUCGCACCACGUGCGGUCGGGGGCUCAGAUGUUCGGCCUCACCCACCCACGAGUGGCGCACCUCAUUCAGGGUCUGCCCAACGCCACCCGCUGCCACCAGUUCACCGCGUGGGUCAACGCCCCUCGCCCUGCGCCUGCUUCCAACACUGCGGACGCCAGCAGGGGCGAGAGGGCGCGACAGGCCAGUGCGCCGGCAAAGCAGCAGGGGGAGGCAGCGCAGGGGGCGCGGGCGGGGGCCGUGGUGGUGAAGGAGUCGCGGCUGCCGGCGGGGUUCAAAGCGGUGGAGUACCGGCAGGCGUCUCUCGACCGCUGCGACGUGUGCUGCCUCUCCGAGGAGUACGAGGACGACCAGCUGCUGCAGUGCGACAGCUGUCGCAUCAUGGUCCACAUGGCGUGCUACGGCGUCAGAGAGCCGCCAGAUGGCGGGUUGUGGCUGUGCGACGUGUGCAGCAAGUACGAGCGGCAGGGCAAGCGCGAUGCCAAGCCCCUCUGCUGCCUCUGCCCCGUGCAAGGGGGAGCCAUGAAGCGGACGGUGCAUGGGCUGUGGGCGCACCUGGCAUGCUCUCUCUGGAUCCCAGAGACGUCGUUUGUGAACAUCAAGCGCAUGGAGCCCGUCACUGGCUUUGAUGACAUCCCCAAGGCGCGGUGGCAGCUGCGGUGUUGUGUGUGCCGCAUCCCCCACGGGGCGUGCAUACAGUGCGCGGCGGGGCAGUGCUACACCGCCUUCCACCCGCUCUGCGCCAAACUCAAGGGCUACCCCAUGCUGACGUUGGACAUGAGUGAGGAGAGCAUGGAGCGCAGCCGGCUGCACGGCACGGUGGUGGGGUCCGUGGCCAUGAUCUGCUUCUGCCCGCGCCACCGCGCGCGCGCCAAAGCCCUCCACACCACGCCCUCCCUCCCCCCCCACCCCUCCGCGCCCUCCCCCUCCCCCGAACCCACCGCCGCUGCUGCUCCCCCUCGCCCGCCCUUCCCCGCGUCUGACCCAGCCACAUCUGGUGCUGCUGCUGCCUCCCCCGCUCCCUCCGACCCGCCCCCCAAAGUGCUCCCCAUGGCACAGCUUCUAUGCCACCCCUCUCCCUCGCCCCUCCCCUCCCCCUCCGACGCCCCUGCUGCUCUGGGCAGUGGGCAGGCUGAGGGGAAAGAGGGGAUGGGAGGGAGCAAGGGUGAUAGAGGAGGUGGGGGUAGAGAGGGUGAGAGGGAAAAUGGGAGCAGUGGUGGUGCAAGGGCGGGGAGAGAGGGGAAAGGAGGGGAGAAUGAAGGUGGCAGUGGGAGUGGCAGCGAGAGUGGGUGGAGUGAGAGCAGUGGAACAGGAGGGGGUAGCAGCGAGGGCGGGUGUGAGAUGGACAGCAGCCGGCGGGAUGUGCCACUCGGUGGCCGGGCGGGCGGAGAGAGAGUGCUGUGCGCUCGAACAGAGCCCUUUGACGCGCGCAUACGGAGGGGGCGCAGGGAGCCGGAUGCGGUGGCGGCGUUCCUGGCGAAGCGGUCGUUUCUGGAGAAUGUGCCCUUCGCCAUCUGCGGCCGCCGCCAGGAGCAGCGCCGCGUGCACGGCCCCUCCGUGGUGGAGGCGGUUCGAGCACACAUGCAGCACGCCGCCUCCCACCCCGCCCAGGAGCUCGGCUCCAAGGACGGGCAUGUGGGCACAGUGGGGGAGGGGCGCGGCAGGGCAGGGCAGCACGAGGUGUGCCGUGACGCGGAGGGUGUGAGGGACGUGGGGCCGGGGGGGGGCGUGCAUGUGAGCAGGCUGCGGCGGUUGCUGCACUCGGGGCUGGUGGGUGGCGCAGAGGGGCAGGAGGGGCAGGCGGGCAGUGGGGAGGGCGAGGUGCGGUCGAUGUCGGACCGCUUCCGCCGCAUGAAGUCCACCCAGCAGCAGCGCCUCGCCUUCGGCAAGUCAGCCAUCCAUGGGUGGGGUGUGUUUGCCAAGACGCCUCAUCGGGCCGGGGACAUGAUCAUAGAGUACGGGGGCGAGGUGGUGCGGCCAGUGGUGGCAGACUUGAGGGAGAGGCGCUGCUAUGACUCACUCGUGGGAGCGGGCACGUACAUGUUUCGGAUCGACAGCAACCGAGUGGUGGACGCCACCAAGGCGGGCACCAUAGCACACCUCAUCAACCACUCCUGCAACCCCAACUGCUACUCGCGGGUGGUGCAGGCGAGUGCGGAGGAGCGCAUUGUCAUCUUCGCCCGGCGGGACAUCAUGGCUGGCGAGGAGCUCACCUACGACUACAGGUUUGACUCGCAGGACGAGCAGCUGGCGUGCAACUGUGGCAGCAGCGGGUGCCGUGGCGUGGUCAACAUUCUGAGGGGCGACGACGACGACGCCGAUGGAGACGUGGCCAUGUGGGCCCCUCGCAGCGAGCUGCUGCCCUGGCAGCCGCCCACCGCCCCCCUGUGA